CUAUCCUGAAAAGCUCUUAGAUCAUACAGACCGAUGCCUGUGUCUCAGUGUAGCUCCUCACUGAGCAAGCCAGAGCUGGCUUCUGCUGCCUCUGCCUCUUGCCUGCCUGGAGCCAGUGCCAUGCAGAUGCAGGACCCAUCCCGGAGACCCUCGGCCGUGCACUUCCUCAGUGCCUUUCUACAGGGCCGCCGGCACUCCACUUCUGACCCGGUCCUGAGGCUACAGCAAGCCCGGCGUGGCUCUGGCUCUGCCACCAAGCUGCUGUCCUCAUCUUCUCUCCAGGUGAUGGUGGCUGUGUCUUCUGUCAGCCGUGCAGAGGGGACUCCAACUUGCCCGGAGAGAAAAAAAAAUUCAGGCCGCCCAACACCUAAAUAUACAAAAGUGGGAGAACGUUUGCGGCAUGUCAUCCCUGGACACAUGGCGUGUUCCAUGGCGUGUGGGGGGAGAGCGUGUAAGUACGAGAACCCAGCCCGCUGGAGUGAGCAGGAGCAGGCCAUCAAAGGCGUUUACUCAUCCUGGGUCACUGACAAUAUCCUGGCCAUGGCUCGCCCAUCCUCUGAGCUGCUGGAGAAGUAUCACAUCAUUGAGCAGUUCCUCAGCCAUGGCAUAAAAACAAUAAUCAACCUGCAGCGUCCUGGGGAGCAUGCCAGCUGUGGGAACUCUCUGGAACAAGAAAGUGGUUUCACGUACCUUCCAGAGGCAUUCAUGGAGGCUGGCAUUUAUUUCUACAACUUCGGGUGGAAGGAUUAUGGCGUGGCCUCCCUCACUGCCAUCUUAGACAUGGUAAAGGUGAUGACAUUUGCCUUACAGGAAGGAAAAGUAGCUGUGCACUGCCAUGCAGGGCUCGGGCGCACAGGUGUGCUAAUAGCAUGUUACUUAGUUUUUGCAACAAGGAUGACUGCUGACCAAGCAAUUAUAUUCGUGCGGGCAAAACGCCCCAAUUCCAUUCAAACCAGAGGACAGUUGCUCUGUGUGAGGGAAUUCACUCAGUUUCUGGCUCCACUCCGUAAUAUUUUCUCUUGCUGCGACCCCAAAGCACAUGCUGUUACCUUAGCACAGUACCUGAUGCGCCAGCGUCAUCUGCUUCAUGGUUACGAGGCGCGCCUUCUGAAGUACGUGCCCAAGAUCGUCCACCUAGUCUGCAAGCUGCUGCUGGACUUGGCUGAGAACAGGCCAGUCGUGAUGAAGAGCGUGUUAGAAGGACCCGAGCUCUCUGCUGAAAUAGAAAAGACGGUGUCUGAGAUGGUCACAAUGCAACUAGAUCAAGAGUUACUGAGGCAGAACAGCGAUGUGCCUGACCCGUUUAACCCCACUGCAGAGGUGGCCGAGUUCGACAAUCAGGAUGUGAUCCUUUCUAAUGAGCAUGAGUUUGACCCCCUCUGGAAGAGGAGGAAUAUUGAGUGCCUUCAGCCCCUGACACAUCUGAAAAGACAGCUCAGCUACAGUGACUCAGACUUAAAGAGGGCCAAAGCCAUCCUGGAGCAAGGGGAGACACCUUGGACAGUGCCUGCCCAGGAGCUGCUGGACCACAGUCUCCAGCAGCAGACGCCCACAAGCCAUUGUUUCCUGCCGCCGACUCCAGAGCUAGGUUUACAUAAGGAUACACUGGUGCGAAACACGUUUUCUUUCUGGACUGAGUCCAAGUGUGGAGGCUUAGAAGAACCCAAGGAUGAGGGCUCACUGCUUUUGUGCAGGAAGGACUCUCCGAAGGAGGUACAGAGGAGCAGAACCUUCUCGGUGGGUGUCUCCUGUUCACACAACCCUGGAGAACCAGCGCCACCCAACUUCACAAGGGCACACAAGGAUUCAGGGCGAGGCGCCCACUGCCGGUGUGAGGCUCCUGAGGGUUGGGUGCCAGGCCCUGUUCCCGAGAUGGGCCGGAGCCCCUGCAGCCCCCUGCACUGUGACACCAGCCCUAAAGCGCAGUUCUCAUGUGGACUGGAAACCCAGAACAGCACAUACCUGCCGGAGGCAACACCACACGCCGGCCUGCAGUCUGAACUGAACGCUGAAGCGAGGAGGAUACUGGCAGCCAAAGCCCUGGCGAACUUGACUGAGUUUGUUGAGGAGGAGGAGGUGAAAAGGAGAGUGGAAAUGUGGCAGAAAGAACUAAAUUCCCGAGAGGGAGCCUGGGAACGAAUAUGUGGUGAGAGAGACCCUUUCAUCUUGUGCAGUUUGAUGUGGUCUUGGGUGGAGCAACUGAAAGAACCUGUAAUCAGCAAAGAGGAUGUGGACAUGCUGGUCGACAGACACGCAGAUGCUGCCGAAGCCCUGUUUUUACUAGAGAAGGGGCAGUACCAGACCAUCCUCUGUGUGCUGCAUUGCAUUGUGAGCCUGCAGACGCUUCCGGUGGAGGUGGAGGAAGCUUGCCUUUCACAUGCCAUUAAGGCCUUCACCAAGGUUAAUUUUGAUUCUGAAAACGGACCAAUAGUUUACGACACCCUGAAAAAAAUAUUUAAGCACACGUUGGAAGAAAAGAGAAAAAUGGCAAAAGACAGCCCGAGGCCUGGCCUCUCCUGAAGCUUUCUUCUCUGGACGAGCAUCCGACCUAAGCAUCCAUCCGUCCCAAGGGGGGAACAGUGCUGGCUGCGCUUCCUCCCCUCCGGCCAUUGUCAGUGCUGUCUCCCUUUUUUAGUUAUUUAUUUUGAAAUAUCUUUGAGCUGUGUCUUAAAAAAUUGCCAUAAAGUUGGUGCCACUUUAUUUAUUUACUGAAUUGAUAGUAUUGUAUUGACAUUUUAAUUAUAUUUGUGUCCUUACUCUUUUUGACAUUUUGGAGGAAAAAAUAAUCCUUUCAAAACAGCUAUUCUUUUUCUUUUUCUUUUUCUUUUCUUUCUUUCUUUCUUUCUUUUUUUUUUUUUUUUUACAAAACUCUUUGUUGAGUUUUUACCAAAUAGAUCAUUUUAGUAGUAAAACCUCACUAUGUAUCCUUCCCAAGACAUGUGUCCCUCCCUCAGAGAUAUGACCUAAGAUAGUCACCAAGUGUCUUAAACUGUUUUAUAUUUGUUACUAAGAAGGCUAAUAAUACAUUUUAAAGGACCUUUAAAAAACUUUGAAGCUUUUUUUGUUUUUAACAGAUGUGGCAAAGUCUUUCAAAGAAUAUUAUUUUCAGUGAUUCAGUGAUUCAGUUUACUUUAACAGACUGACUGGAGUGGUUGGGUUUCGCACUUGUAGAAAGUAGUCUUGCUGUUCGUCAGGCUUCCCGACAACCUCUCCCUUGGCUUUCAGGGGAGGGAGCAGCUCUCAACCCAGAAACCUUAUUCUGUGUCCCCAACCUGCCACUGAGCCUUCACUGCUGUCCAGAGAAAUGGAUCAGAAGUGGCUAUGUGGGCAGUUGCUAAGGAACAGAACUGGCCUGGUCCUCCCAGGGACUGUAGAAAGGACAGCAGUGAAGGACAGCUCUGGGGGGGAGGGGGUGGCCAUCCUGCACAGGCCGCUCAGAGCUGGAGCAAGUCAGACCGGCCACUUUCUGUCCCCGGGAGUGCUGGCAUUGCUACCUGGCCUAUGCCCAGCCCCAGAGCUGCCCUUUCACAAGCCCACUUGCCUCGGCCUCUGUCGCCAGCUGCUGUUCUGCUGUAGGAUUAUAAUUUUUAAGUUGAAUUUGACCCCAGGUUGCACUCACCCUAACUGGCUUCAAAUAAGGACAGGUGACUGGUCAAACUUGUUCCCUUAGAUUAAACUGGUAAUCAGCAACUGAGGCCUUAUUUAAACUAAAUUACUACCCAGGAGUAGCAGAGCCCAUGGCAAACAGUUUUCUUGACCAAGGUGAUGACCAGACCAAUUCAGACUAAAGACGUAACUCUGUGAUUCUCAGAGUUGUAGGAACAAGCAAGACUGAAUUAGAACAAAUGAAAGUUCUCUAACUCAUGCAUUUCUGAAUUACAGUCUAGCGUGUCCAAAACUAUUUCGAUCAUUAAUCUCACCAACUCUGACGGCAAAGACCAAGUGCAGUUUCCUUCACCUUGAAUUUUCUUCUUGGGAAAGGAAAUACGGUGGCAGUUACUGGACCAACCGGCUUCCCCAGUGCUGAAGUAUCCUUUUAAGUGCCUAGCCGAACAACAGGAGCCCUUGCACUCUGUCUCCUGAGAUCAUUCUAAAAGCCGACAUUCAAAGAGAACGCUCGUCUUCGCCUCUCGUCAGCCUUGAAUGGGCAAGUGACACUGUGGACCUUCGAUACCCUCCCUCCUUAAGGCCAGCCGCGCCUGUGCAUUUACAACACUUGCUUUAAGUUCUGCAACGGCCAUGUGCUAACACCACUGCAUGUCAGAAAAUCUAAAUACACCAGCCUGAGAAGACACAGGCUCCGUGCUUAUUUGAAUAAAGGUGAAAAGAACCAACCA